AUGUCAUCUGUUCUUAUCGUUCUUCUCCAUACAUUCAUCUUAUGUCGAUCUCAGAUCAUAAACUAUCAGUGUAGGUUUGACACUAGUCCAUUAACAGGUGAUUGUCAAUUCACACCAACAACAGGUGGUCCUGUUAUGUCUUCGGAUACUGGUAUUAAUGCCGGUCCUGUAGCUCCUAAGCAACCAUUCUCUGAUGUCAAGGCCAUUUCAUCGCCAACAAUGCCUGACAAUGAACAUUGUGUGUUACCAUAUCCAUAUCCAGGAUUCGGAGCAGGUUGGGAUAUGCAUUUUUGUCGUCGUUUCAUCAACGAUACUUUCACAUGUCCAACACAAUCUGGCGCAGGUCGAUGUGAUACAGGAAGGUAUGGUAUGAUAAGGCUGCCAGCUAGUGCUGGUGUAAAAGAUUUGACAUAUGUUGCUAAUGUUGACGGGAGUACAAACAGUGAACAAUGUCUUGAUUUCUAUUAUUAUAUAACUGAUACAACAGGAAACGCUAAAAUGCAGAUUGGUUGGAAAAACGAUGAAGAUGAAGAGACAGGACUUAUAAUUGAGGUAGCAGCAGUACCAUCAGAGAAUAAAUGGCAACAUAAAAAAGUUUCUUUUAUGGGCCCAUUACCACUAUCUUCAUAUAAACUUACUGUUAGAGCCAUGCGUGAUGCAGGAGUAUUAGACUUUAAUUUUGCAUUGGAUGAAAUGUAUAUUUAUGAUGGGCUUUGUGGUAAUGUGAUUGUUGUUGAUGAUGAAUUAUUUUAUUUUAUUUUUGUUUAUUUUCAUCGUCAUACAGACGGAAUUCCGAUAAUAACUACUACUACUAGUGAGUCAACUCCGGUGAUCGACACGACUGCUACUGAGGUGUUAGAACCUGCCACCACAAGUGGAAGCACCACAACUGAAAGCAUCACAAGUGAAAGUACCACACCUGGAAACACCAUACCUGGAAGCACCACAACUGGAAGCACGCUAGCUGGAAGCACGUUAGCUGGAAGCACCACAACUGGAAGCACUACAACUGGAAGCACGACAACACCUAACAUGCCAACUGAUACAGGUCCAAACUUAGCUCUUAUUCUACCACUUGCAGUUGGUAUUCCUGUUUCACUUGGCAUUAUUGGUAGUAUUGCCUACUAUUUUAAAGUAUUCAAACCCAAACACAAAAUCAGUGUUGGUGCUACUAAUACAAAUAAUGACAUACCCAUGGUAUCGCCGAAUAAUACUACAGAUAACAAUACAACAGUGGAUGCUCUGGUAGUUUAA